AUGCGCAGCCUGCUUCAAUUCCUGCGCCACGCCCGCCAAUCGCACCUCCAGUUCCUCGCCGGCACUGCGUCCUCGCCCGUGUACGUGAUUGGCAAUGCCUCCGCAGACCUCGACUCGAUCAUCUCCGCCAUCGUCUACUCCUACUGCGCCGACAAUCGUCUUCCCACUACCUCGCCGCGCCCACAUGUCCCGCUCGUGAAUCUUCCGACUAUCCCUUCCGGGCCUGAACUGUACCGUCUACGACCGGAGUUUGUGACUGCCCUGUGGCUGUCCACGCAAUUCCCUGCCUUGCGCCCAGAAGAACGGUUUGAGGAGACGCCCGAGUCCGCGGGGGCACUGCUGCGCGAGCAUAUCGUUACAGUCGCGGACUUUGUGCAAACACUCAAGGAUACCCAACAUGUGGAGACACCACUUGUCGCAGACGCGACGUUAGUUGAUUGGAAUGCGAUGCCGCUCCGUUUAGACACGGAAGUAGGCCGCGGAGCUCUGAAUGGUCUGCGACAAGUGGAGUUUUGCACCCUGGGGUGUAUUGAUCAUCAUGUAGACGAGGACUUUAUGCCUCGCGCUGACGCACUCCCGGCUGGCCAGCCGCUGGUUAUCCACCCAGGGCCUGGGUCAUGCGCCUCCCUUGUUGCAAACGAGUUGGAACGGCGAGGUCUAUGGGCUGGGGACGCAGAUGAAUUUGCGCAGGUUGCCCAACUGGCUCUGGCUGCUGUGGUCAUCGACACCUCGAACCUCACCGCCGAAGGCAAAGUGACCGGCGUCGAUGUCCAAGCUGUGGAACUGCUCCGGCGGCUGGUUGAGUCUCGUAUCUUGAAGGAUGCUACCGCGGAGGCGAAAUGGGACGUGGGGGCAUUUUACAGGAGCGUCCUUGACACGAAGCAGAACAGUCUGGAUCUCCUUACACUGGACGAGAUUCUGGAUCGUGAUUUCAAGGACUGGACUGAGACAGCGCAGUCGUCGGGAGAGCGCGUCAAGCUUGGUUUCUGUUCAUCUGUCAAGUCAAUACCGUGGAUUAUUCGAAAGGCUGGCGGGUCAGACAAGUUCCUGGAUGCCAUUCGUUCCUUUGCUGUGGCACAGGAUAGGCAGUUGGAUGUGGUCAUCAUCAUGACCGCUUUCACAACUGGGAACGACCGCUUUUGUCGAGAGCUUUUUAUCUGUUCGGUGAAUGACAACGGUACAGCUGUCGAGGGAGCCAAGAGGUUUGUUUCUCAGGCAGCGGAGCAGCUCGGGCUGGUUGAUUGGUCGCUGCUGGAUGGUGACAUUGGUCCCGUGGUGACAGAUGGUCUCCGGGACGAGCUUAAUGGGGACUCUCCUUUCUGGAGAGGAUUAUGGGUGCAGACUAAUGUGGCGGCAAGUCGAAAGCAGGUUGCGCCGCUGCUUCGCACCGCAAUGGCGAAUCUCUAG